AUGGGGUCUGCACGUAAGGAAAACAAGGACAAUCUGAGCUUUCUUUAUGAGCAGCUGCAAGCCAGGGACUUGUCGGGAGUCCGCGCUGACUUUGUUGUGACCGCGUGGGGCAGUGGAUUCGUUUUUACAGAUGGCAGUGUGGACGAGCGGGUAAUUGGAAAGGAAGUUGGUCAGAGGCGCAGAGGAUCAGGAGUGUUUUGUGCCAACUGUCUGACCACAAAGACUUCUCUUUGGAGAAAGAAUGCAAACGGUGGAUAUGUAUGCAACGCGUGUGGCCUGUAUCAGAAGCUCCAUUCGACUCCGAGACCCCUGAACAUCAUCAAGCAAAAUAACGGCGAGCAGAUCAUUCGCAGACGCACCCGAAAGCGCCUUAAUGCCGAUGCACUGCCCUCAGAGCAGCUGAGCAAGCAGCAGAGGGUCAACAGCGAGGAGCACGUGAACGGCAGCCCGCUGGAGCGGAAAGUCGACGAGCCUCAGCCGGAAAUUCAUCAGCCUUCAAACCUGGCCAAGAUGGAGACGUUCAGCUCAGUGACGAAGCCCCACACGACUCAACAGGCCUUAUUAGUAACCCAGACUCUGGAGAUCCAGAAAAGGAUGCAGCCUUUGCACAUACACAUAAAAAGUCCUCAGGAAAGCGGUGGAGACGUGGGAAACGGCUCGACGUCCGUAGAGGGCAAAGGAAGCUCAGAACGAGGGAGUCCCAUCGAGAAGUAUAUGAGGCCCUCGAAGCACACCAAUUACUCUCCACCGGGGAGCCCAAUAGAGAAAUACCAGUACCCGCUGAUUGGACUUCCUUUUAUACACCAAGACUUGCACAGCGACGCCGACUGGCUUAGAUUCUGGACUAAAUACAAAAUGUCUGUUCCUGGCAACCCACACUACUUAAGCCACGUGCCUGGCUUGCCAAGUCCUUGCCAAAGCUUUGUGCCUUAUCCCACCUUCGGCUUGCCUCCACACUUUUCAGCCAUUAGCUCAGACAAUGACAUUCCCUUAGAUCUGGCGAUUAAGCAUUCCAGGCCAGGCCCGACGACAAAUGGAGCCACCAAGGAGAAGUGCAACGUGCCGACGAAUGCAAAGGAAGAGGGGCCGGUGGAUGUCGCAAAAACUGAAAAGGUUGACAGAAGCACUCAAGACGAGCUGUCAACCAAGUGCGUUCACUGUGGCAUCGUCUUUCUCGACGAGGUGAUGUACGCUUUGCAUAUGAGUUGCCAUGGCGACAGCGGGCCGUUUCAGUGCAGCAUAUGCCAUCACUUGUGUGCAGACAAGUAUGACUUUACAACUCACAUCCAGAGGGGUCUGCACCGGAAUAUUGCACAGGCUGAAAAGAACGGCAAGUCCAAGGAAUGAGCAGAAUGCAGCACUUCUUAGCACAAUUUUAGAGAAAUCAAUGAGGCAAAUAAGGUUUGUUGCAGCGAAGCAGAAGCUUGUACUGAAUUUGCAGGCCGGUACCUUUACCCCCUUAGAUGCAUUAGAUGUGUUGACACUUUAAGAAUUGAUGAAGCUCUCCAUGUAUAAGAGGAUAGUAGUCACCCGUCCAGUCGUUUUAUUCUCUUCUCUUAUUCUUUAAUACGGAACGUUAAACUCAGGCUCGCUAGUCUGUCUUAAACAACGGUACCAUCCACAAAAAAAA